AUGUAUCGCCUGACAUGCGGGUAUGUCAAAUACCAAACUGUGGCUGAUAACCAGGACUCAAUGGAUAGCUCUAUGGAGGUUAAGGGCUUGUCACAAGAAAGUGUGGUGUGGGAAAAAUGCCUGCAGCUGUCAGAAGACAGACAAACAGCUUCUUACAAGCGUUUGUCCAACAACCUGCAACCAUUGAGAAUAACAGACCUACCAUUGAAAGUUCAACGACAGGCAAAGUUGCUGAUUGGUACACAGCCAGAUUACUCUUCUCUGCUGAAACAAACGCAAAACAAGGCCAUUAAAGCUUUCUUACAGAUGGAUGAAUUGGCAAAUCUUGCUCAACUAAGUCAGGAAUGUGAACAGAUGGUGGACAAACUCCUCACAAAAUUCUCAGAGCGAUUAGGUGAAUAUUCAUUUGGUGAUUUCAACACUCCGAGGACACUGAUCCGACAACGGCUGGCUGUGGCGACGCCCAAAAACUAACCUGUGUAGAUUAUACAUCUCCAUUGUCAGAUGUCAGACAUCCCAUCCUCAGUCAAUACCUGAUCAAGUUUUACCACAGUCCAAAUCCCAUGGGUUAUGCAUAUAGUGUCAUUUGUCUGGAAACUUUCAUAUCAUUGAACUGUUAUUUCAUGUUUUUCAUCUCUAAAAAUAAUAUGUACUCGUCAGUGACAAUACAUCCUGUCUGUAUAGUAUAUUAGCCAGAGCUAUCAGACUAAUUAUA